UUCAGUCAACAUUUAGCCAGAGACUCGGAUCGAAUAUGACGGUGGUGAAUACGUUUGUGACCACAUGGCGGUUUCUGCUCACGAUCGUUCCCUCGGCGCUGGUCAUCUUGUCGCUGAACAAGGGCAUCAAGGACUAUCGCCCGGACAUUGUGGAUGAGGCACACCGUGUCCGGUCAAUAUAUAUUAGUCAUCUGCGUCCCAGUUACGAUUUCAUCAUUGUGGGCGGCGGUUCCGCCGGCUGUGCGCUGGCUGCCCGUCUAUCUGAGAAUCCCGCGUGGACUGUGCUACUGCUGGAGGCUGGCGGCGAUGAGCCGCUCCUAAUGGAUUUGCCACAAAUGUAUCCGGUAUUUCAGCGCACCCCGUGGGACUGGAAAUAUCUGACAGAGCGCUCGGAUCGCUACUGCCUGGCCAUGGAGGAUCAACAGUGCUUCUGGCCGCGCGGCAAAGUUCUCGGCGGCUGUAGCUCCAUCAAUGCAAUGAUGUAUGUGCGUGGCAAUCGGCGAGACUACGAUCGAUGGGCCCAGCUGGGCAAUCCCGGCUGGGAUUACAACAAUGUGCUGCACUACUUUCGCAAGUCGGAGGAUAUGCGUGUGCCUGGCUAUGAGCGUAGUCAGUAUCAUGGUCAUGGCGGACCCAUCAGCGUCGAGAGAUUUCGCUCGACGACGCCACUCCGGCAAGUGUUCAUGGAUGCCGCAUCGCAAUUGGGCUUAACGCAUCCCGAUGGCGAUUUUAAUGGACGGACGCAAAGCGGCUUUGCACCGCCGCAUGGCACGCUCCGUGAUGGUCUGCGUUGCAGCGCCAACAAGGGCUAUAUGCGUCGCAGCUGGCAACGUCCCAAUCUGGAUAUUGUGCUGAAGGCAUUUGUGGAGCGAGUGGAUAUUGAGCCGCAGACGAAGCGUGCACUCGGCGUGACCUUUGAGCAUGAUCUGCUGCAGCAUCGGGUGCUGGCCGGCAAGGAAGUGCUGCUGGCCGCCGGCGCCUUGGCCAGUCCACAGCUGCUGAUGGUCAGCGGUGUGGGACCCGCCGACCAGCUACAACCGCUGGGCAUUGGGGUGAUACAGCAUCUGCCUGGCGUUGGUGGCAAUCUGCAAGAUCACAUCUCGACGUCGGGCGCGAUUUACACGUUUGACGGCAGGCAGCCGGAUGGCACGCACAUGUCGCUCAUUAUGCCCGAGCAACUGAACACGGAUUCGGUGGAUGAGUUUCUCCAUCAGAAGCGUGGCUUCUUCUAUGCGAUGCCGGUGAGCGAAGUGAUGGGCUUUGCCAGCACACGUUACCAGCCGGCGCACGAAGAUUGGCCCGAUGUUCAACUGUUCAUGGGCAGCUAUAGUUAUGGCUCCGAUGGUGGCCUGAUCGGACGACGCGGCGCCGCCAUCACGCUGGACAACUAUGCAAACACGUACGAGCCGAUGAUGUAUCAGGACUCGUUUGUCAUUGCGCCACUGUUGAUGCGUCCGCGUUCCCGUGGCUAUCUUCAGUUGUGCUCAUCGGAUGCACGCAUCCAUCCGCGUAUACACGCCAACUACUAUGACGAUCCACUGGACAUGGCCGUCAUGGUCGAGGGCCUGAAACUGGCGCAUCGACUUACACAGACGGCGGCGAUGCAACGACUGAAUGCCACCAUGAACAUUUACGAGUGGCGCAACUGUCCGGAGGUGGAGUAUCUGAGCGAUGCGUUCUGGGAGUGCCUCGCCAGAUUUUAUUCGCAGACCAUUUAUCAUCCGGUCGGCACCUGUAAAAUGGCACCCGCUCACGAUCCGUUCGGUGUUGUUGAUCCCCGAUUGCGGGUGCGUGGCAUACGUGGUCUGCGGGUGAUCGAUGCCAGCAUUAUGCCAACGAUACCCACUGGGAAUACGAAUGCACCAACGAUGAUGAUCGCUGAGCGUGGUGCGGACAUUAUAAAGCAGGAUUGGCAUCACUAUCCGCAUGGCGGUUGGCGCUAGCCUCGUUCCAUCCAUUUGACUGCCUUCCCAACUGGUUAGCUUUAAGUUGUCACUCGCCUUUCUUAACUCUUUCAUAGCUCUGUAAAUCAAUAAACAACAACUACAACUACAACAACAACAACAGAAA